CGCCAAUUCCAGUUUCGCUCUCGCUUUCCCUUGUUCGAUUUUCUUUUCUCCUUUUUUGCGUUUUCUUAUGUGUCGAGUACAUUCAGUAACAUCAUGGAACCUCCCGUAGGCAAAACGAACCUCCUGAGCAACAUUCUGGUACGAGUGCUCUCAUUCGGCGUCCUCGUGUUCCUCGCUCGAUUCGCCUACGUUGUCACCACCCGAGGCAACUCUUGCGAUUCCGGCGACUUCUGCUUCUUCUCCUCCUCCUCCUCCCUCCGCCUCCGUACCAGCACCGUACACGGCGGAGGACGAGGAGGAGACUCACGUCUACGAAAUUUCUACUCGUCGGUAUUCCAAGAUUUGAUUGCCGAGGGCUAUGUCUCUCCCCACUCGAAAUCUCUCUGCAUCGAAACCCUAACCGGCCAAGACGUCGUCGCUUUGAAGGAGAUUGGAAUCGCCGAUUCCCUCGGAAUUUCCCCCAAAACAUUGCCGCCGCUGGUCAUCUCCGGUCGCGCCGUUCGCCAGCCGUUCGAUAACAACACAUUCGACUUCGAGUUCUCCGGCGAUGCCGGUCUGGACCGGUCUCCUCAACCGGCCCAAUUCGCUUCCGAAGUUUCGAGAACGCUCAAACCGGGAGGCUUCUUUGUCGUCCACACCGCUUCGAAAGACGUGUACAGUCUCAAUUCUCUGCUCGAUUUGUUCAAUUCUUGUCGAUUGAUUCGAUCUCGCGACAUCGACGGUCUCGAUUCUUCGAUCCGCGAGGUUGUUCUGAUGAAAGAGAAACAAAUUCUUGGCCAUGGCGAGAGAAAUCAAUCUCUGUAUCGCAAUUCGGGUAACAAAUGCUCUGUUCCUGGGUAUAAACGUGAAUUGAUUCAAAAUGCAGAGCCAUUGAUUCUAGAAGAGCCAUUAAAGCCUUGGAUUACAUUGAAAAGGAACAUAAAGAACAUUAGGUAUUUACCUUCUAUGGUGGAUAUUAGUUUCAAGCAUAGACAGGUGUAUAUUGAUGUUGGAGCUAGGAGUUAUGGUUCAAGUAUUGGAAGUUGGUUUAGAAAACAGUACCCAAAACAGAACAAGACCUUUGAAAUCUAUGCAAUUGAGGCCGAUAAGGCAUUUCACGAAGAGUUUCGAACCAAGAAAAGGAUCACUCUGUUGCCCUAUGCAGCAUGGGUGAGGAAUGAGACAUUGUUCUUUGAAAUUAGUCGGGAACCGAGCAAGAAACACGAGGAGAAAGGAAGAGGGAUGGGUAGGAUUCAAGCUGUGCAAUCAUCGAGUAACUUUGUGGGUGAUUUGGAUAAGAUUCAAGGGUUUGAUUUUGCUAAUUGGUUGAAAAACACAGUUUCGGAUAGAGAUUUCGUGGUGGUGAAGAUGGAUGUUGAAGGGACUGAAUUUCAUUUGAUUCCUAGGUUGGUAGAGACUGGGGCAAUUUGUUUGAUUGAUGAGAUGUUUAUCGAAUGCCAUUACAAUCGAUGGCAGAGAUGUUGCCCCGAGAGGAGUUCCAAGUAUCAGAAGACAUAUACCCAAUGUUUGAACCUGUUUUCUUCUCUCAGAGACAGUGGAGUUCUUGUACAUCAAUGGUGGUGACUGGUAACAGUCAAAUUAUUCUGUAAUUCUUUCUCAUAGAUAUGCAUACUUCUUGUUACACUAAAGAAUUUGAAAUUUUUUCUUACUUGUAACACAAAAUUUUCGACUUAUACACUUGCAAAUGGAAAUUUACAGAAAAAUUUU